CACCCCGCCCCGAGGAGGCGGCCCGGCGAGCGGGCGCCGAGGGAGGCUGGUGGCAUGGGGGAGCAGCCGUCGCGGCCACAAGCACGGUUGCCCCUAGCGAGCCCCGGCGCCGCUCGGAGCGCGGGGGACCGCGGGAGCCUAGGGGGGUGGCUCGGGGCGUGACACCGAGCGGAGGGCGUGGCUCGGGCUGCGCCGCCCGGACGCGCGGCGAGCGGCGUGGGGAGCAGGCGGCGGCGCCGGGGGCCGAGGGCGGGCCGGGCCGAGCGCCGAGGGCGCACCUGGCGGCGGCGCGGCCCGGCCGGACUGCCGGAGCAGGCUCGGCGGCGGCGCUGGUGGCGAGGAUGUCGCAGCCGCCGCUGCUCCCCUCCUCGGCGGAGACUCGGAAGUUCACCCGGGCGUUGAGUAAGCCGGGCACGGCGGCCGAGCUGCGGCAGAGCGUGUCGGAGGUGGUGCGCGGCUCGGUGCUCCUGGCCAAACCAAAGCUGAUUGAGCCACUCGACUAUGAAAAUGUCAUCGUCCAGAAGAAGACACAGAUCCUGAACGACUGUUUAAGGGAGAUGCUGCUCUUCCCUUAUGAUGACUUUCAGACGGCCAUCCUGAGACGACAGGGGCGGUACGUAUGCUCCACCAUCCCUGCCAACGCACAGCAGGAAGCUCAGAGCUUAUUUGUUACAGAGUGCAUCAAAACCUAUAACUCUGACUGGCAUCUUGUGAACUACAAAUAUGAAGAUUACUCAGGAGAGUUUCGACAGCUUCCAAACAAAGUGGCCAAGUUGGAUAAACUUCCAGUUCAUGUCUAUGAAGUUGAUGAGGAGGUGGACAAAGAUGAGGAUGCUGCUUCCCUCGGCUCUCAGAAGGGUGGGAUCACCAAGCACGGCUGGCUGUACAAAGGCAACAUGAACAGUGCAAUAAGCGUGACCAUGAGGUCGUUUAAAAGACGAUUUUUCCACUUGAUUCAACUUGGUGAUGGGUCCUACAAUUUGAAUUUUUAUAAAGAUGAAAAGAUCUCCAAGGAACCAAAAGGAUCAAUAUUUCUGGAUUCCUGUAUGGGUGUGGUUCAGAACAACAAAGUCAGGCGUUUUGCUUUUGAGCUCAAGAUGCAGGACAAAAGUAGUUACCUUUUGGCAGCAGACAGUGAAGUGGAAAUGGAAGAGUGGAUCACAACUCUGAACAAGAUUCUCCAGCUCAACUUUGAAGCUGCAAUGCAAGAAAAGCGAAACGGAGACUCUCAUGAAGAUGAUGAACAAAGCAAAAUAGAAGGUUCCGUUUCCGGUUUAGAUAGCUACCUGCCUGAACUUGCCAAGAGUACCAGAGAAGCAGAAGUCAAGCUGAAAAGUGAAAGCAGAGUUAAACUUUUUUACUUGGACCCAGAUGCUCAGAAGCUUGACUUCUCAUCAGCUGAGCCAGAAGUGAAGCCAUUUGAAGAAAAGUUUGGAAAAAGAAUUCUUGUCAAGUGCAAUGAUUUAUCUUUCAAUUUGCAAUGCUGUGUUGCUGAAAAUGAAGAAGGACCCACUACAAAUGUCGAGCCUUUCUUUGUUACUCUAUCCCUGUUUGACAUAAAAUACAACCGAAAGAUUUCUGCCGAUUUCCACGUGGACCUGAACCAUUUCUCAGUGAGGCAGAUGCUGGCCACCACAUCCCCGUCUCUGAUGAACGGCGGUAGGCAGAGCUCGCCUGCCCUGCAGGACAUCCUUCACGAAGCCGCCAUGCAGUAUCCGAAGCAGGGAAUAUUUUCAGUCACGUGCCCUCAUCCUGAUAUAUUUCUUGUGGCUAGAAUUGAAAAAGUGCUUCAGGGGAGCAUCACCCAUGGUGCUGAGCCCUACAUGAAAAGUUCAGACUCUUCUAAGGUUGCUCAGAAGGUGCUGAAGAAUGCCAAGCAGGCAUGCCAAAGACUAGGGCAGUACAGAAUGCCAUUUGCUUGGGCAGCAAGGACGUUGUUUAAGGAUGCAUCUGGAAACCUUGACAAAAAUGCCAGAUUUUCUGCUCUCUACAAGCAAGACAGCAAUAAGCUAUCCAAUGAAGACAUGCUCAAGUUACUUGCAGACUUUCGGAAACCUGAGAAGAUGGCUAAACUCCCCGUGAUUCUGGGCAAUCUCGACAUUACAAUUGAUAGUGUUUCCUCAGACUUUCCUAAUUAUGUCAAUUCAUCAUACAUUCCUACGAAGCAAUUUGAAACGUGUACUAAAAUGCCAAUCACGUUUGAGGUAGAGGAAUUUGUGCCCUGCAUACCAAAACACACUCAGCCAUACACCAUCUACAACCACCACCUUUAUGUUUAUCCUAAGUCCUUGAAAUAUGACAGUCAAAAGUCUUUUGCCAAGGCCAGAAAUAUUGCUAUUUGCAUUGAAUUCAAAGAUUCAGAUGAGGAAGACUCUCAGCCUCUGAAGUGCAUUUAUGGCAGACCUGGUGGGCCAGUAUUCACAAGAAGCGCGUUUGCUGCAGUUCUACACCAUCACCAAAACCCAGAAUUUUAUGAUGAGAUUAAAAUAGAAUUGCCCACCCAGCUACAUGAAAAGCACCACUUGCUGUUCACAUUCUUCCAUGUCAGCUGUGAUAAUUCAAGCAAAGGAAGCACAAAGAAGAAGGAUGUUGUUGAAACACAAGUUGGAUAUUCCUGGCUUCCUCUCCUGAAAGAUGGAAGGGUGGUGACUAGCGAGCAGCACAUCCCUGUCUCAGCCAAUCUCCCAUCUGGCUACCUUGGCUACCAGGAGCUUGGGAUGGGCAGGCAUUAUGGUCCAGAAAUUAAAUGGGUAGAUGGAAGCAAGCCACUGCUGAGAGUUUCAACUCACCUGGUUUCCACAGUGUAUACUCAGGAUCAGCACUUCCAUAAUUUUUUCCAGUACUGUCAGAAAACCGAAUCCGGAGCCCAAGCCUUAGGGAGCGAACUUGUAAAAUACCUGAAGAGCCUGCAUGCGAUGGAAGGUCACGUGAUGAUCGCCUUCUUGCCCACCAUCCUAAACCAGCUAUUCCGUGUCCUCACCCGAGCAACCCAGGAGGAAGUCGCCGUCAACGUGACACGGGUCAUUAUUCAUGUGGUUGCCCAGUGCCAUGAGGAAGGAUUGGAGAGCCACUUGAGGUCAUAUGUUAAGUAUGCUUAUAAGGCUGAGCCAUAUAUUGCUUCCGAAUACAAGACGGUGCAUGAAGAGCUGACCAAAUCCAUGACCACAAUUCUCAAGCCUUCCGCCGAUUUCCUCACCAGCAACAAACUACUUAAGUAUUCAUGGUUUUUCUUUGAAGUUUUGAUCAAAUCCAUGGCUCAGCAUUUGAUAGAGAACUCCAAGGUUAAGUUAUUGCGAAACCAGAGAUUUCCUGCAUCCUAUCAUCAUGCAGUGGAAACUGUUGUGAAUAUGCUGAUGCCACACAUCACUCAGAAGUUUCGAGAUAACCCGGAGGCGUCUAAGAAUGCGAAUCAUAGCCUGGCUGUGUUCAUCAAGAGAUGUUUCACCUUCAUGGAUAGGGGCUUUGUCUUUAAGCAGAUCAACAACUACAUCAGCUGCUUUGCUCCUGGAGAUCCUAAGACCCUCUUUGAAUACAAAUUUGAAUUUCUCCGUGUGGUGUGCAAUCAUGAACAUUAUAUUCCAUUGAAUUUACCAAUGCCAUUUGGAAAAGGCAGGAUUCAAAGAUACCAAGAUCUCCAGCUUGACUACUCAUUAACGGAUGAGUUCUGCAGAAACCACUUCUUGGUGGGACUGUUACUGAGGGAGGUGGGGACCGCCCUCCAGGAGUUCAGGGAGGUCCGGCUGAUUGCCAUUGGUGUGCUUAAGAACCUGCUGAUAAAGCAUUCUUUUGAUGACAGAUAUGCUUCCAGGAGCCAUCAAGCAAGGAUAGCCACUCUCUACCUGCCUCUGUUCGGUCUGCUGAUUGAGAAUGUCCAGCGGAUCAACGUGAGAGAUGUGUCUCCCUUCCCCGUGAACCCUGGCAGUACUGUGAAGGAGGAAUCCCUUACUUUGCCAGCCGUGAACCCGAUAGUGACACCGCAGAAGUCUGGGAGCUCGCUGGAUGCCAGUCUGCACAAGGACCUCUUUGGUGCCAUCUCUGGCAUUGCUUCUCCGUAUACAAACUCAACUCCAAACAUCAGUAGUGUGAGAAAUGCUGAUUCAAGAGGAUCCCUCAUAAGCACAGAUUCCGGGAACAGCCUUCCAGAAAGGAAUAGUGAGAAGAGCAAUUCCCUGGAUAAGCACCAGCAAAGUGGCACUUUGGGAAAUUCUGUCGUUCGCUGUGACAAACUUGACCAGUCUGAGAUUAAGAGCCUGCUGAUGUGUUUCCUCUACAUCUUAAAAAGCAUGUCUGAUGAUGCUUUGUUUACAUAUUGGAACAAGGCCUCAACAUCUGAACUUAUGGAUUUUUUUACAAUAUUGGAAGUCUGCUUGCACCAGUUCCAGUACAUGGGGAAGCGAUACAUCGCCAGGAACCAGGAGGGGUUGGGACCCAUAGUUCAUGAUCGAAAAUCUCAGACAUUGCCUGUUUCCCGUAACAGAACAGGAAUGAUGCAUGCCAGAUUGCAGCAGCUGGGCAGCCUGGAUAACUCUCUCACUUUUAACCACAGCUAUGGCCACUCGGACGCAGAUGUUCUCCACCAGUCGUUACUUGAAGCCAAUAUUGCUACUGAGGUGUGCCUGACAGCUCUGGACACCCUCUCUCUAUUUACACUGGCAUUUAAGAACCAGCUCCUGGCUGACCACGGACAUAAUCCCCUCAUGAAAAAGGUUUUUGACGUCUACCUGUGUUUUCUUCAAAAACAUCAGUCUGAAACGGCUUUAAAAAAUGUCUUCACUGCCUUAAGGUCAUUAAUCUAUAAGUUUCCCUCAACGUUCUAUGAGCGGAGAGCGGACAUGUGCGCAGCCCUGUGCUAUGAGGUCCUGAAAUGCUGCAACUCCAAGCUGAGCUCCAUCAGGACUGAGGCCUCCCAGCUGCUGUACUUCCUGAUGAGGAACAACUUCGACUACACUGGCAAGAAGUCCUUUGUCCGGACGCAUCUGCAGGUCAUUAUUUCCGUCAGCCAACUGAUAGCAGACGUUGUUGGCAUUGGGGGAACCAGAUUCCAGCAGUCCUUGUCUAUCAUCAACAACUGUGCCAACAGUGACAGGCUCAUCAAGCACACCACCUUCUCCUCGGACGUGAAGGACCUGACCAAAAGGAUCCGCACCGUUCUGAUGGCCACGGCCCAGAUGAAGGAGCAUGAGAACGACCCCGAGAUGCUGGUGGACCUCCAGUACAGCCUGGCCAAGUCCUACGCCAGCACCCCCGAGCUCCGGAAGACGUGGCUGGACAGCAUGGCCCGGAUCCAUGUCAAAAACGGGGACCUGUCCGAGGCAGCAAUGUGCUAUGUCCAUGUCACAGCCCUGGUGGCAGAAUAUCUCACACGGAAAGAAGCAGACCUAGCCCUCCAGCUGGAGCCGUCCUUCCUCCCCUCCAGCCACAGCACCUGCCAGAGGAGGCGCCGGGGAGGCAUGUUUAGACAAGGAUGCACAGCUUUCAGGGUGAUUACCCCGAACAUAGAUGAGGAGGCCUCCAUGAUGGAAGACGUUGGCAUGCAGGACGUCCACUUCAACGAGGAUGUGCUCAUGGAGCUCCUGGAACAGUGUGCAGACGGACUCUGGAAGGCCGAACGCUAUGAGCUGAUCGCCGACAUUUAUAAGCUCAUCAUCCCCAUCUACGAGAAGCGGAGGGAUUUUGAGAGGCUGGCCCAUCUGUAUGACACACUGCACCGAGCCUACAGCAAGGUGACCGAGGUCAUGCACUCAGGCCGAAGGCUUCUGGGGACGUACUUCCGAGUAGCCUUCUUCGGACAGCAAUACCAGUUUACAGACAGUGAAACAGAUGUGGAGGGAUUCUUUGAAGAUGAAGAUGGAAAGGAGUAUAUCUACAAGGAACCCAAACUCACGCCUCUGUCAGAAAUUUCUCAGAGACUCCUUAAACUUUACUCAGAUAAAUUUGGUUCUGAAAACGUCAAAAUGAUACAAGAUUCUGGCAAGGUCAACCCGAAGGAUCUGGAUUCCAAGUAUGCGUAUAUCCAGGUGACUCACGUGAUCCCAUUCUUUGAUGAGAAGGAAUUGCAAGAAAGAAAAACGGAGUUUGAAAGAUCUCACAACAUUCGCCGCUUCAUGUUUGAGAUGCCCUUCACCCAGACUGGGAAAAGGCAGGGAGGCGUCGAAGAGCAGUGCAAACGGCGCACCAUACUGACAGCCAUACACUGCUUCCCUUACGUGAAGAAGCGGAUCCCCGUCAUGUACCAGCACCACACGGACCUGAACCCCAUCGAGGUGGCCAUUGACGAGAUGAGUAAGAAGGUGGCCGAGCUCCGGCAGCUGUGCUCCUCGGCCGAAGUGGACAUGAUCAAACUGCAGCUCAAACUCCAGGGCAGUGUGAGCGUCCAGGUCAAUGCCGGUCCACUAGCAUAUGCCCGAGCUUUCUUAGACGACACAAACACAAAGAGAUAUCCUGACAAUAAAGUGAAGUUGCUUAAAGAAGUUUUCAGGCAAUUUGUGGAAGCUUGCGGUCAAGCCUUAGCGGUAAAUGAACGGCUGAUCAAAGAGGACCAGUUAGAGUAUCAGGAGGAAAUGAAGGCCAACUACAGGGAAAUGACGAGAGAGCUUUCUGAAAUCAUGCAUGAGCAGAUGGGAUGGUAAUGUCAUUUUUUAAUUUUAUUUCUCUGGAUCUUGAUAACUGGCUCACAUAAAGUUAUUACUGAGUUUGGGCAACUGCAGACAUUGACGUAAUGACCAUGCACGUGCAAAAAGAAGCCCUCUUCUGGGCAUUUAGAAAAGUAGGAAAACAAAACUGAAUAAACAUGUGAAUCAUUAAGCAGAAAGAGAAGGUCUCAUGGGAACAAGUUUUUGCAGAAAGCUCAAGGUCUUUUCCAUGGGGCCUCCAGACAGGAUGGAGAGCUUGGUCAGUGGGUGCCAGCACUUGGCACUAGAAAAGAUGAAAGUAGGAAGAAAACUGUGGGCUGAGAAUAUUAAAAUAAACUUCCAGAUUGUAUGGACACAAUGCCAUGCCGUGCUCUAAACUACACCUUGAACUUUCCAUUAUCUCAACAACUAUGAAGAUUAAACUUUGAACCCUUGAGCAAAAAGAGUCAUGACCUGGAGUAGACUUGCUUUUGGAUUUUCCAGGGGAGCCUCUGAGUGUGUAUGUUCUUCUCAGUUUCCACCUGGCAAUAGCCCGAGUCUUGCACUUAGAAUUCUUCCCUGCAUUACUGAGCGCGAAAGAGACUUGAUCAGGGCCAGCGAGGCAGCCACUCUCUUGCUCCCAGGGUAGAAAUCUGUAAGACCCUAAGAGAAGGAGCUGGUAGAGAACACCGAUGCUCCAGACUCAAUUAAAAAAGACUUUUCCAGGGGACAAGGCCAGGUCGUGUCCCCAUCAAGUGUGUGUAGGAUAGGCCUCAAGGUGCCUUAUAACCUGGUGAGGUUAGAAGACUGUCCAAUCACUAACCUGGAAAGGAAACAAAACAUGUUGUUCUUGACUUUCUCCUUAAAAUCCUGACCUGAAAAACGUCAUUUAUGAGGUGAGCUAACACGCUCCCUCUGCAAACCACCAAAGCCAAGCUCUCUGAGGGCACCGCCACUCACAGUAACAGUGGCCACUGGAUGAUAAAUGUGAGAAGUGUCAUUUGGAGCAGUUUACGCUUGGGUAACCUUGUGUUUCUGUGCCUCGAGAUUUGCCCCCUGGAGGAGAAGACCAGCGUUUUGCCGAAUUCCCUUCACAUCUUCAACGCCAUCAGUGGGACCCCAACAAGCACGCUGGUUCACGGCAUGACCAGCUCGUCCUCCGUGGUGUGACGUCAUCUCGUGGACCGCGUGUGGGGACUUGCUUUGUCAUUUGCAAACUCAGGAUGAUCUCCAAAGCUACUCACUGGGCACAUGCCAAGGCCCGGGGAGGCGGAGCCCAAGGAGCAGUCGAGGGGAACGCGCGAGAAGGGAAAGAAAGAGCCGUGUUAUUUCAUAGCAGAUGUUCUGCAGGGUCGUAGGAGAGCACACAUAUUUUUUUAAACCUUGCUGGCAAUAGUCAACAUUUUCAUUAUGUCUUAACAGAGGUAUGUGGCGGACACUCUUAAGCUGGAGUUAAAUUUUAUUCUUCCUUACAGAGUAGUAUUAAAAAUAAACGGCCUGGAGAAAACAAGUAUUCUGGAAUGUACAUAGCACUGAAAUCGAGGCUGGGGUAACCUUUUGCCUCUAGGCUAAGCUGGAAAAUCUUGAAAAUAUUUUUUUUUUCCCGUGGCACAUUCAGGUUGAAUACAAGAACUAUUUUUGUGACUAGUUUUUGAUGACCUAAGGGAACUGACCAUUGUAAUUUUUGUACCAGUGAACCCGGAGGUUUAGUGCUUUUAUACUCAUUUACUUGCAUUUAAAAAAUAUGAAAGCUUAAGAAACUAUGUGAGCUUAAGACUAGUCAAGCAGUUUAGAACCAAAGGCCUGUAUUAAUAAACACAACUAUGCUAAACAUUUAAAGUAGUACAGUAUACUGUUAUGUACAUAGAGUUUGUUAAUACAGUCUUGGCAUUGUGUACAUACACGUAUGACAUUUCUACAUUUUUAAUACUCACAUCAGCUUCCGCAUAAAGUUUAAUUGUGACAGAUUUGUGUUGUUCUUAGUAUAUGCAACACACUUGACUUUACUGUUUUAUUCUUGUACAUAAAAAAAGUGCAAUAUGGAGAUGUAUACAGUCUUUGCUAUGUUAGGUUUAUAAACUGUUUUAAAAAUUUCAUCCUUUUGCCAAAACGGUGGAGUAUGUCAUUGGUAAAUCAUAAAUCCUGUGGUGAACAGUGGUGUAAUGUAAAGCUUUCACCAUGUUAUAUUUUCUUUUCAGACAUUAAUUUAGUAAUUUUAUAUUUGGGAAAAAUAAAGGUUUUUAAUUUUAUUUAACUAGAAUCUCUGCCCUGCUGUAAUUAAACAUUCUGUACCACAGUUGUAUUAAAAAUAACAUUGCUGAUUU